AUGUCUCGGUACAUGAGACCGCCGAACAGCUCUCUGUUCGUCCGCAAUAUUUCCGACGAGUCCCGGCCAGAGGACCUGCGCCGAGAGUUCGGCCGAUACGGCCCCAUUGCAGACGUCUACAUUCCCCUAGACUUCUAUUCUCGCCGGCCCAGAGGAUUUGCGUACAUUCAAUAUCCUUUGGCUGCGAGAGCAGCGUGUGCAUGUGUCCGGUCUAACCCUUAUCUCUCUGUUGUCGCCCCAGACUGUGUACCGGCGUCCCGUUCUGGAGCCCGGCACAAAGACACAGUUAAAGAGACGUGUAGAGUAGGACUAAAAGACAAGCCGCCUCAAGAAAGAAAGAAAGACGGCUGCUUGCAGAGAGACAGACGCAGCACGUUUGAGGACGUCCGGGACGCAGAGGAUGCCCUGCACAAUCUGGACAGGAAGUGGGUGUGUGGACGGCAGAUCGAGAGGGCGACCGCAAGAGUGACGCCGGGCCAGAUGAAGUCCAAGGAGCGUCAGUCGCCCCGCAGUCACUCACGAUACGAGGAGUACGAGCGGCGCAGACGCAGGUCACGCAGACGAUCCCCGAGCCCUCGAGAAUCCAGAGGAAGCAGACGCAGCCGCAGCCGAGAACACGAGCGGUACGAGCUCAACUAA